AUGGGUAGUUACAGUGAUAACGAAGAUGAAUUUUUUGACGCCCGUGAGGCGUUUGCUUCAAUGUCUGACUCAGGCUCCGAUUGCUCCCCAAAAGACUGUUCUACCACUGUAUUCGACUAUGAUUAUUGGGUUGGGAAUCUGGAAGGUGUUGAAUCCCGUUGUGAUAAAUUCCUGAGAUUAAUGGGUUUAAAUUCUAAAUGGCUUGUAGCCAUCAUUGACUAUUUGGUCAAAUCAUUCGACUUCCAUGAAGAUGGUUUAGUAAGGAAUUUUAGUUCAUCUUCUCAUAGGUCAUCACGUAAAGAAGGUGAAACUGUUAAUUUGUUAGAUAUGAGGAAGAAAGUAAAGAAGAAUUGGCUCCAAAAGCUAAGUAUCGUGGCUAGAGUCACAGAUAAACAAGAGGAAUCAGUAACUUUGAAGCCCAAUAACACAAACUCAAAAACCAGUUCAGUUCCUAUACACACACAUAAAAAGAAAUCAAAAGAAUUAUCAUCUCUUUAUGCCACACAAGAGUUUUCAGCACAUAAUGGUUACAUCUCAAUUAUAAAUUUCAGUCAUGAUGGUAGAUACUCAGCAAGUGCUAGUGAAGAUUGUAUUAUCCGCAUUUGGAAAUUUUUUGAAGAUCAAGAUCCAUGGACAUGGUGGAGAAAUCUUGUCCCUUUCAUGUAUCUUCUAUCAUCUUCUGUGGAUAACACAGAUCGAAUGUGGAAAGUUGGACAUAAUGAAUGCGUGAAAAGUUUUACUCAUAAGAACUAUGUGACAAGUGUGGAGUUUAAUCCUGAAACUAAAAACGAGCCUCUUCUAGAAGAACUAUUAGAUAUUGGAAUUCAAGAGAAAGAAGGGAAAGCUGAACCUAAUUCAUUAGCCCAUAUCAAUGCAGAAUAG